AUGCCUAGACCUGGGCAAGCUCAAGCAAGGAGGAAGAGGGCACUCGAAGAGAUGGAAUCGGAAGGUUCCACUUCCUAUUCUCAAGCUCAACACGAUGGUCCAUCGAAAGUGAAUUUUGACAAUGAUGUGAUUGAUCAAGAACAAGUCGAAGACGAAGAUCUAGAAGAUGAGGGGAUGCUCGAUAAUCCAAGAUCACAAUGUCUACCUGUCGGAGUACUGCCAGAAAAUUUCAAUGGUGAACCAAUAGACGGAACGCAGUACUUGGCGAUGGCAAAUCGGGAUAAUAAAAAUCUACCAUUUGUCAAGACUGUUAUCAACCCUUAUAAAUCUGAUUUGAUCGGCCCUAGUUUACCUUCUUCUAUAUCCACCUCCAAGAAAACCGGAUCAAGCUCAAGACAUCCUGCGCUACCUAAAGAAAGUUGGCAGGAAUUGUUUCCAAUCCAUUACCAAGGGUAUAGACAGCAUAUCCAAUCUCAACUAUCAUCAUCUUCCUCAUCUACGUCUUCCUAUCCUUUGGACUAUCCACCUAUACCACCUGCAUCUCGUCGCUCAGAUUGGUAUGCGUACAUAAACGGAUACCAAUCGAACCCCAAGAAGGGCAAGGGCAAAGGAAAGCAGAAAGCGAAACCAGCUUUGACGGAAGAAGAAAUGAUGAAUGCCGCUAUGGGAGAGGGGAUGGAUGUGGAUGAGGAAGCAGCGGUGGAAGAAGAGGUUGUAGAAGAUGUAGUAAUAGGCAAAACGAGUAGAGGGAAUGAAAAGGUUGUGGGAGCGCCGAGGGAACCUCUGUUAGGUGUAUUGAGGAAAUUGAAUUCAUCCCAAGCCCUCCUGAUCCUAUCUCAUUUCGCUCACUGGUUAUCGGAAUCCAUCGAACAAUCUCCACCUCCCCUCCCAGGUGCUCCCGACUUUCUACUCACUCAACCAGGCAUCUCAACGCCUUCUCCCUCAUCGCGUCAUCCUCAAAAUUCGAACCACCUAUCUUCAAAUUACUUCAACUGGAUUUUUAGCUUACUGCUUAUAACGGACACUCAGCUCUCCUCGGAGGAAAUAUCAAUAUUGAGAGAUUUAGCUAGAGCUUCGAUGAAAGUUGCUGGACAUAGGUAUAUCAUUGGUGUAGUGGGGAAACAUAUCAACGAAGGAUGGGUGUUGGGUGAUAGGCUCAAUAAUCAACGACGUACAGUUGAUGCCAACGGUCAAGAUCGAACUGAGUUUCCGGGAGAGAAGACAGAAAUCGGUGAUAGUGUAGAUCAGAUAUUGGCUAGAUGCUGGUUGACCAUCCAUGCGGUAGCUGUAGGGUGGGGUCAGAAGGAUUUGUUAUUUGAACUGGAUAAUCUGUUCACAUAA